AGUAUCGAACGAACUAUACAGACAGACGCAGAGGUUUGUGUGGUUGAGAGCACAUUCCGAGGCGAUUUGAUAUUCAAAUUCGGAUUACAUGAUCGUUGCAGUUUCGCAAGUUUUGUUUUUUCUUGCUUAUUUUAAACGAUAGAAGAACAAAGAAAAAAUGCAGCACACAUUGAAUCAACAGUUUUAAGUGACUUAAUGGACUUUUGCUGGAAAAAGGAAUGCUUUCAUUUUCAUUACCAUCGUUUAAAUAAAUAUCGAACCAUUUUUUUUCGAACAUUUAUGCAGUUUUUCUGGUGAUUGACGUGUGAAUAAAGUCGUGAUUUUUGAAACAAUUACAAAAUUGAAGCGGCGUGUGUACGGAAGUGAUUGUACGGUCUUUUUGUCCACGCUAUUUGGUUAUCGAAAGCGGAAAAUUGUGUCUGUGCAUACGUGUCUGUGUGUGUGCUGUCCGCGUAUUCAAAUUUUCGAUUUCAAUUUUCUGUUACAGAGGGGGAGUUCAUCAAUCAAUGUGGCGAUAAAACAAGUGCUUUGUGUUCGAAUGCUUUUCAAAUGAAAAACGUUGGUCCGCAUCGAUCAAUUGAUUGAAUGAUUAAAGCGUCUGGCGAACAAUAGCAACAGAAAAAAAACGCUAGACAAUUUUUUAUGGUGUGCGUUAACUAGUGAAUAAAUGACUUUGAUUCGUAUCACAGUGUCGGCAAGUUGAUGAAGCUGUGGUAUCUGAUCGGUGUUCUUCCAUUAAUGCUCUUUGAAGCAAUUGGAGAAUCAACGAACACAAAUAAAAAUGGAGUCAUACCUGCGACAAAUGCGGUGGCCGAAGACCCCGAAUUCACGGACAUUAUUGAAAAUGUAACGGUACCUGCUGGAAGGAAUGUACGAAUGGCGUGUUCAGUGAAAAAUCUCGGCUCUUUUAAGGUAGCUUGGAUGCAUUUCGAACAAUCGGCCAUUUUAACGGUGCACAAUCAUGUAAUCACUCGAAAUCCGCGGAUCAGUGUAACACAUGAUAAACAUGAUAAGCAUAAAACGUGGUACCUUCAUAUUAAUAACGUACAGGAAGAGGACAAGGGUCGUUAUAUGUGUCAAAUAAACACUGUUACAGCGAAAACGCAAUUUGGCUAUUUAUCGGUUGUCGUUCCGCCGAACAUCGACGACUCUCUCAGCUCGAGUGAUGUAAUUGUGCGUGAAGGUUCAAAUGUGUCGCUGCGUUGUAGGGCAUCUGGGAGUCCGACACCGACUGUCAAGUGGAAGCGUGACUCGAUGGAAAAAAUCGCCAUAAAUAAAUCACUUGUUGUCAGCGAAUGGGAUGGUGACACAUUGGAAAUAUCGCGAAUAUCCCGGCUAGACAUGGGCAGCUACUUGUGCAUAGCAUCCAACAAUGUUCCGCCAACUGUUUCGAAAAGGAUUAAAGUGAGCGUUGAUUUUCCUCCCAUGCUUUGGAUUCCGCAUCAGCUAGUCGGAGCGGCAGAAGGUUUCAGUGUAACGCUAGAGUGUUUCUCCGAAGCGCAUCCAACGUCAUUAAAUUACUGGACGAAGGGCGAUGGUCAAAUGAUCCAUGAUUCGAAAAAAUAUCGAGCAGACUCGAGCAUCGGCGUACCAUCGUAUAAAACGCAUAUGAAACUAACCAUAUUCAGUGUUACGAUGGACGAUUAUGGAACGUAUAAGUGCGUUGCAAAAAACCCACGAGGCGAAACAGAUGGCACAAUACGGUUGUACAUCUCGAAUCCGCCGACCAUGCAACCGGGCCUGGGAACGACGCCGUCAUCAAACGAUGAUUUCGACGACGAUGACAGUGAAGAGGCAAUUACAGACGAUAAUGAAAGCAACAUCAUCAAUAUUGUAGACAAAUCUAAUAAAUAUCAAUCGAAUUUGAAUGAGAUCGACAAAUUCGAGCACAAAUCCUCACUAGACGAAGUGAAUAAGGGAUUCGGUUGGCCAACUGGUCACAUUGGUGUCAAUUUAGGUAUAACACAGCAACCAUCACAUAGCAUUAUUCACUGGAUCUGUGCGCUACUCACAAUUUUAUAUUUACAUUUUUAAAAUGAAGAAAAUAAAAGAAAAUGCAGGGUUUUGUAAUAUACACAACAGAGAAAAAAAGAAUAAUAAUCGCGAAAUCCGAAACAAUAAUUGUUAACAGACAAAUUAAAAUGAGACAACAACAGCAACAAAAAAGACGAUGAAUUCACUGUAGAGUUAAAAAAUGAAAUGUUUGCCAGCCGGAUUGAAAAAAAGCGUCGCAGUCAAGUCGACUGCCGUUAUACGAGCGCUCAUGUGUGAAAUAAAAAGUUAUAAUUUUUAUGAUUGGAGUUAAGCUAUCAUCACACAUCAUACAUAUUAGGUUUAAGGUUUUGAUUUGAUUUGUUGAGCAUUGUGUAUCUUUUCGAGAAUUUAAAAAAAAAAUCCAUUGCGUAUAUGUAUUUUAAAUUGAAUGUUAAAAGUUGCGUGAAACUCAAAAAUUAAAACCAUUUAAAUCAUUUGUUAGCAUAUCAACCAUAUCAAUUCGGAAAGUCAUAUCAUUAGUCAAUCAAAAAAAAAGAACAAAAUUUGUUUGCGUUCACAUUUUGUCAUUUGCUCCCGCGCGCGGCAAAGUAGCCUAGAUAAAUUUAGGCUGUGAGAAUGAAAAUGGCAAUGCAGGAAUAAACAUUCUGAAACGCAUCAAGAAAAAAAAUUCGCAAAAAUGAAUCAUGAGUUCUGAAUAUGCAAAAGUGAAACAUGAAUUUACAUGGGCAGCAUAGGAGGUUCAUGGUUCACUUUUGCGUAUUCAGAAUGUUCAUUCCUGUAUUGCCAUUUUCAUUCUCACAGCCUCAAUUGUUAUCGAUGGUGAAGAGACAUGUCAAACAUCAACGGUUCAAGUGAACCGAGUGAGUUUCGAAAUGAUGAUGGACAUUUUGAUUGAAACGUGGAAAUAAUGAAACAAGUUCCGUGUGGAAAAUGCAAUGUGAGUGAUUUUUCGGGAGGAAAGUCUCGAAAAUUGAGUGAAUUUGAAUUUAGAAUUUUUUUUUCUGAUUUUUUUCUGUGAUUUGUUUGGAGAUUUGAUUGAAUGUUCAAUUUCAAAUCAAUUAUUUAUAUUGAUUCUAACUUUAGUUAUCGAAAUCGGUUGGAUGACACAUCACAACAUUACCCUAUAAAUAAAAAAAAACUUCAAUUAAAAUUUACAUCAAAAUCUAAUACCUUUCCAAUCGAUACUCACUUCGAUUCAUGCUGCUUUUCCCGUGGAUUUUCUCAUCUUCACUUUUAAGAUAAAAAAUGUCCAAAUUUAUCGGACUUCAAAGUCAUUUCGAUUCUCCCUCCUUCAAACCAAACCGAAAAGCAUAUACGUAGUAUUCUAUUAAGGCAUCAGAUGAGUUUCUAUGUACACAUACAGACACGAACACACGAGCAUACAAACCACAUAAUCCGAUAUAUAUACAGUAAAUAUAUAUAUAUAUUUAAAGAGGUGAUUAUUGAAUAUUUUAAUGAAAUUACAAACACUAUUUAUUUAAAUGCAUAGUUAAAUGUUAAUAAUCAAUAGCUGUAGCAGAAAUAAAGCAUUUGCCGGGAGAGAGAGUGUGUGUGUAUCCGUCACGUGACGUGUGUUGAAAAUUGGUUGCAACGCUGCCAUUAUUACUACACAUUAUGCAUAUAUAUGAAAAAACAAAAACAAAAAAAUUAACACAUUAAAGUAAAAGGUGUCAAACGAACGAUCGCAGUGGCAGCCAAAGUAUUACAAAAUUGCUCAUAUUAAAUGACAUGCAACAAUACUAAUGAAUAUAUCAUUAUUUUAUUAAAUAACCCAAAACAUAAUCAGUACAGUGAUGGCGAACGAUUGGUAUUUAUUUGAAAUCGCAAAUGAAUGAUCCAGCGAAUAAAACAAGUAUCAUGCUUUGAA